UGUUAAAUUUAAAUUGAUAUCAAUUUGAUAUUCAAAUACAUUGCAAUAAGUUGACAGUUGUUUUGCAAUUAAAUGUCUUAUAAAUCGUUGAUUAGCUAUAGUGUUGUGUUAGUAGUAGAAGUAGUUAUUGUUGUUGUGUUGACCAUUGAAUCGGAAGCCGUGACCAAAGAUUUUUGUAUUGAAUUUGUGAAAAAUGACCGCAAAAUUGAUUUCUCGUUGCGUUUAUAUCAUGACGAAGACUAUCGAAAGAUAUUCUUUAUCGGCGACACAUUUUGGACACUUAAAUACUACGAUAGCGUCGACAACAAGACAGUAACCAUCGACAGCAACAGUACCGGUGCUUCCGACUGGUUGUCCGGUCAGAAGUACUCUAUGGUUUGGUGUUCAUGGUUUAAGGCUAAGGAUAAACCUAUUAUUGUUGGUGUAGACCAUGAAAAUUGUCGUGUCGGUGCACUAAGGAAAGACAUGAAAACCAUAGACUGGGCGGUCAUUUCUAGCGAUACGUUGAAUGUUAAACACGCGGCCAACGACUCGACAACCAUAGAGUUUGGUAAGGAAUUUAGGCCAACAUUUGCUUGGAUGCCAAUACCAUCUCAAACUAAACGCCGUUACGUAACGUUUUGGUACAACGGUGUGACCAAAACCUAUAAUUUUGAUAAACCUGACAAACCGUUUAUGGAUAUCAACAAAACAGAUACAAAACCAAAAGAGAUUAUUAGAGGAAUAAGCGAAUCAAAUGUUAAUAAGGAGACAGAAAUAAUGACAAUUAUUGGUCAGUAUAGUUAUGCUGAUAAUGAUUAUAGUACUACAACAGCUAAUGGCCAGGGAUCCAUUGUCUUUAUGAAUGCCAACAGUAGUAUUAAAUAUUGUUAUGUUGGACUGCCGUUCAACCAGAAGGCCUGUAAACCAGAAAAUCUAAAAACACUCAUCAACUGUUCCCAUAUAACAACAACCAUACCUACAACAGCCAUACCUACAACACCUACAGCAGCCAUACCUACAACAUCUACCACGACUAUGACUACAACAACCGGCACUCAAACUAAUGGCCCAAUUAAUUGGUUUAAAUGGUUGAAAACAACAUUUCUUAUUGUGGUUAAUGUAAUCCUAUUGAUACUCAACUGUUUGAUGAUAUACUUGGUUUACAAACAAUGGCUAAAACGAUACACAAGACAAUAG